UGCAUUCCGCAGAGCCCUGUUCGCCCCCCGGGGGCACUGGAGGGGGUCAGGUGACCCCACGACACCGCCCCCGUCUUCCCCUGCCAGCCUUGCGCGUGGGCUGGAGGCGGUGGUGGCUGCGCGUGGCUCGGGCGUCUGGUGCCAUGGGGCUGAGCCGGGUGCGCGCGGUCUUCUUUGACCUGGACAACACACUCAUCGACACGGCCGAGGCGAGUAAUAAAGCUCUUACAAUCGAAAUACCAUUACAAAGAAGAGGCUGAAAUCAUCUGUGAUAAAGUUCAAGUUAAACUCAGCAAGGAGUGUUCCCAUCCUUACAGCACAUGCAUUACAGAUGUGAGGACUUCACACUGGGAAGAAGCAAUCCAGGAAACAAAAGGUGGUGCACAGAAUAGGAAAUUAGCCAAAGAAUGUUAUUUCCUGUGGAAAUCAACACGUUUACAGCAUAUGACCCUAGCAGAAGAUGUCAAAGCCAUGCUCACCCAACUUCGUAAGGAGGUCCGCCUACUCUUGUUAACAAACGGUGACAGACAGACACAGAGAGAGAAGAUCGAGGCUUGUGCCUGCCAGGCCUACUUUGAUGCUAUCGUUGUAGGAGGAGAGCAGAAAGAGGAGAAACCAGCACCUUCCAUAUUUUACCACUGCUGUAAUCUCCUUGGAGUACAGCCUGGGGACUGCGUGAUGGUUGGUGACACACUAGAAACCGAUAUACAAGGAGGCCUCAAUGCAGGACUGAAAGCCACAAUCUGGAUAAACAAGAGCGGAAGGGUGCCGCUGACAUCAUCCCCAGUUCCCCACUAUGUGGUUUCCUCUGUGCUGGAAUUGCCUGCUCUCUUGCAAAGCAUAGAUGGCAAAGUCGGCAUGUCUGUUUAGAACACACAAAAGGGCACAGUUAACAAGUGUAGAGUCCAUUACAGAGUUAGAGCCAAGAAAAGUUAAGGCAGUCUGUAUAUCGUUCAGUUCUAGGACUCUGAGGAAUUCGUGGCCGUGUUAUGUGGGUCCUCCCGCCCUGCUGCUAUCCAUGUCUGAAAUCCAUAUUUUAGUUGUGAGGUCCAGAAAACAUGAAAAGUGGCAGGAGCGCCUACACAUGGCCAUACAGAUACGUGGCUUAUAGCUCAGAAAUAGAUAUUUUUUUAAAAGAGAUGUUCUAAAAUAGAGAUCAGAGUAUUUCAAUCUGGUUAAUAUGAAAUAAGUAUUAAAUACAAAUGGAGGAGUUCUUAGUAAAAUUUUGCAUAUUUUUAACAAAUCCUAUUUUUGCCUACUUUCAAUGUGUAUUUUUUUUCUAUAAUUUUUCUGCAUGAUUUUUUGAGGGAUGAUUUUUCUGUGAUGUGUACAUGACAGAUUGUUCUAG